GGCGGAUGUUGUAUGUUGUUAUUACAGCUAAACAGAGGGACGUGUAGAAGUAUAAAAUCAGCGUUAUUGCCUUUUCUUAAUUUACUACCCACACGGUUUGUGAUUUUUAAUACACGAGAAAGUAUUUUUUUUUCACGCUUUCAUCGAUUUUUUGUUGUUGUUGUUAUAAAGAAUAUUAAGUUUCUGAGUUGCCAACAAGAAGACAGGGGAAGUGGAUUCGUUUCUUAGGUCUCUAUCGUUGUACGUUUAAUAAAAUGUGUAAAGUCCGAAUGUUGAAGGCGUUGGUAGCAAGGCGACUAACAGAGGCUGCUGACGAGAUAAUCGGAAUCUUUGAGCGAACAAUAACGGAGUACGAAGACGAACUGUGUCGCUCCAAAGAAGAGAAUGAGAAACAGCGACAGCUGCUGGACACAUUUCUCAAACCCAGGGUUCAAGUAUACGUUGAAGACAUCCAGCAACCUACAGACAGGAAAAAAGAGAUCAUACCCGAGCAACAUGAGCGGACCAACAUUGCAGAAGUGCAUGAAAAAACUGAGCCCUACUACAUUAAAGUGGAAGACCAGUGGACCAAUCAGGAAGGAGAAUCAGGGAGCAAUGCAGUAGAUGACAUGAAGUCCUCUAACUCUGAUUCUAAACCCAGUCAGUACACCAGAGAGCCAGCGCUUCGAACCAACAACUUGACAUCAGAAACAGACGAACCCCAUCAAGAAGCAUCACAACCGUAUUCCUGUUUUGAUUUACUGCCCGAUCAGCUGACAUCUGACUCAUCUCACCAAGUUCCUCAAUCUAACACCCACUUCCAACUCCAAGGUAAUGUCAAGCAGUUUCAGUGCAUCGACUGUGGCAAAACAUACAAGUCCAGGGCGAGCUUGAAAAGGCACACCAUGACUCACACUGGGGAGAAACCUCACAAGUGCUCGGUAUGUGGGAAGAAAUUCAUGCAACGCUCGGAUUUAGUCAUGCACUCGCGGUGUCACACCGGAGUGAAACCUUUUGCCUGCACGCUUUGCUGUUGGAAGUUCUCUAAAAAGAGCAGUUUGGUGUUGCACAUGAGGCGACACACAGGGGAGAAGCCUCACUGGUGCUCAGUGUGCGGGAAGAGAUUCAGGCAUCCCUCCAGUCUCGCCGAACACUCUCGCAUUCACAUAAAGGGGAAUGUUUACUCUUGCUCGGUGUGCAGUGCUGGAUUCCCUGGAAAACGUGGUUUGGUUGCACACAGGAAAUCGCACAGCAGGGAACAGGUCCUUUCUUGCUCUCGAUGCGGCAAGGAAGUGUCGAGCUCAAGCUACUUAGCAUUACACAUGAGGAUACACACCGGAGAAAAAAUACCAUUCGAAGAAGAGUCUAAAGUAAGAACAAACUCAACGGUGUCACAGACUCAGACGGACAUUUGAAUGAAGCUCUCAAAUCUGCUAAUUCACAAAAUCGCAUUCUUGCACUUCUCGUCAAAAGACGGAAAUUUUGGGCUUUCGGGUGAAAUUCGAAGUUAAUCGGUACACUUAAUUUGUUCUCGCAAAGUUUCAAUGCGUAUUUAUUCUGGAAUGAUUACUCGAAUAAUUUAAAAA